GAUGGCAAUAAUGAGUGGACAUAUUUCCCCGAUUCUGAACGUGAAAGCGACAACAAGUGGAAAAAGGGCGAUAACCAGCGGGGACCUUCCCCCGAAUCUGCUACGCAGGACAGCAGCGGUUGGUGGAGACCUUUCCCCGCACCUACGCAGAGCAGCGGCGAUGGGCUGAAGCCAUCUGGGCAGCAAGAUAGUGGAGCAGUUCGCUGCGGUACACAAACUUCGUACUGCCCAGUGGGAGUCAGCAGCGGUGAAACAAUCCUUUUUUACAUCGUCGUCAUCCUUUUCGCCUUGAAGAUGAUCUGCUGGGCCAUCGAGUUCGCCUUCUUCGUUUGGUCGUGGACUGUCCGUUGGACUCCAAAGCUUCGAAAACUGAGAAAAGCGCCACAAACUAAAAAUGGAUCAAAUAAAGAACGUUCUUCCGCUGAUCCAAGGGACAAGAAAACUGGUGGGACGGCUUCCCACUGA